AUGUCUUGCGGCCUCUGUGAUGACCUUCUGAGCUGCGUGUGCCGCGCGUGGUGCUACAGCAGCAAACCGCUGGUUGUCGCCCCUGCAAUGAACAGCGAGAUGUGGAGACACCCGAUCUCUAAGCAGCAAAUACAGCAAAUUGAACUCUUUGGAGCCAUUGUGAUUCCCCCUAUUUGCAAACGCCUGAUCUGCGGAGAUGUCGGUAUUGGAGCGAUGGCUGAGCCCCAGACUGUGGCUGUUGAAGCCUUUGAGGCAUGGAGUCGCUUCCCCACUAGACAGCAGCAGCAGCAGCAGCAGCAGCAGCAGCAGCAGGAGGACGACUACGAACACCAGCAGCAGCAGCAGUAA